GGCCAAUGAGGCCUCGCUUCCCGCUUGAAGCCUCCAGUGAGUGGGCGCCGGGGGCGGGCGCUGCUGGCCUGAAGGUUCGGUUGCGCGUGUGCCAUGGACUCAGCCGCCCGGUGAUAUUGACAAUAGGAGAGAGAAAGGGGCAUUGACGGGGACCCACCGCGGGUACCAAAGGGCGCUCUGGCAGCGGCGGCUCCAGCUCCGGCGGCUCCUCCUCCUUCUCCUUCCUUCUCCUGCUGCCGCUGCGGAUCCAGUCUUCCUCCCUCCCUUCCCCCCCUCCCCACGUCUUCGCCGCCGCCGCCGCCGGGUCCGGGGCAACGAGCAGAGGCGCCGCCCGUCGGGAAUGUGAGCGAGGAGCCACCGGCGGAGCCGCAACGGGGUCGGUGCCGAUUUGAUGGGACGGGCCCGCGGGGGAGGAUCGUGAGGCUGCCGCCACCGUCGCCGCCGCCGGAGCGCUGAGGUUCAGGUACGGCCGUGAGGCCUAGAGGCGCCGCCGCCGCGGAACCGGAGGGACGCCGCGCCGGACAGCCGUCGCCCCGGGCUCCCUGCCGCUGUCCGGACCUCCCCCCGCACGUCCCGGUCCUGCCACCCGCCCCCGCUGCGGCCCUCACGCCGGUCUCCCGCCCUUCGAAACCACAGAUCAUCUUCGGAUUCUUCCCCAGGAGCUUCAAGGGAUAUGUCCUCAGCACCAACUACUCCUCCAUCAGUGGAUAAAGUAGACGGAUUUUCUCGGAAGUCCGUCAGAAAAGCCAGACAGAAGAGGUCGCAAAGUUCCUCACAGUUUAGGUCUCAAGGCAAGCCUAUUGAGUUAACACCUCUGCCGCUGCUAAAAGACGUUCCAUCCUCAGAGCAGCCUGAACUGUUCCUAAAGAAACUUCAGCAGUGCUGUGUCAUUUUUGACUUCAUGGACACGCUAUCUGAUCUUAAAAUGAAAGAAUACAAGCGCUCCACUCUUAAUGAACUGGUGGACUACAUUACAAUAAGCAGAGGCUGUUUGACAGAGCAGACUUACCCUGAAGUAGUUAGAAUGGUAUCUUGCAAUAUAUUCAGAACUCUCCCUCCUAGUGACAGCAAUGAAUUUGAUCCAGAAGAAGAUGAACCUACCCUUGAGGCAUCCUGGCCACACUUACAGCUUGUAUAUGAAUUUUUCAUACGAUUUUUGGAAAGCCAAGAAUUCCAACCCAGCAUUGCCAAAAAAUACAUAGAUCAGAAAUUUGUAUUACAGCUUUUGGAGCUAUUUGACAGCGAAGACCCUCGGGAACGGGACUACUUAAAAACAGUCUUACACAGAAUUUAUGGCAAAUUUCUUGGUCUUAGAGCAUUUAUCAGAAAACAGAUUAACAAUAUUUUUCUAAGGUUUGUUUAUGAAACAGAACACUUCAAUGGUGUAGCUGAACUGCUGGAAAUACUAGGAAGUAUUAUCAAUGGCUUUGCUUUACCUCUUAAGGCAGAACACAAACAGUUUCUGGUGAAAGUGUUGAUCCCUUUACACACUGUCAGGAGCUUAUCACUCUUCCAUGCCCAGCUGGCGUAUUGCAUAGUACAGUUUCUGGAGAAAGAUCCUUCACUCACAGAACCAGUUAUUAGGGGGUUAAUGAAAUUUUGGCCUAAAACAUGUAGUCAGAAAGAGGUCAUGUUCCUUGGGGAGCUGGAAGAAAUAUUGGAUGUGAUUGAACCCUCACAAUUUGUUAAAAUUCAAGAACCUUUGUUUAAACAAAUUGCCAAGUGUGUAUCUAGCCCCCAUUUUCAGGUGGCAGAAAGGGCACUGUAUUAUUGGAAUAAUGAAUACAUCAUGAGUUUGAUAGAAGAAAACUCUAAUGUCAUCCUUCCCAUCAUGUUUUCCAGUCUUUAUAGGAUUUCAAAAGAACAUUGGAAUCCGGCUAUCGUGGCGCUGGUGUACAACGUGUUGAAGGCGUUUAUGGAAAUGAACAGCACCAUGUUUGAUGAGCUGACAGCCACAUACAAGUCAGAUCGUCAGCGAUGGAAACAUUGGCUUCUCCCUGGAUGUGGGACUAGGAAAAGAGAAAAGAGAGAUCUAUUUGGUGCUGUUAGAGAAGAGCUACCUGGAGGAGUUCACUUCUGGAUGGCACCAAAUUGAAGUGUUUCAGUGCAGAUCAAAUUUUUAUACAAAUCUGAAAAUGUGAGAAAAAGAAAGAAAAAGAGCGUGAAGAACUGUGGAAAAAACUGGAGGAUCUGGAAUUAAAGAGGGGGCUUAGACGUGACGGCAUAAUUCCAACUUAACAGAAAUAAUUACAGCAGCGUCACUAACCUGUGGGGUCACACAUUUAUGUAGUAGAAGAUGGAGCAGCAGUUUUCUGUAUUGUGCAACUUUGCAGUAGAUUCCACAUCUGUUUCAUUAUUACAACAGCACUGUAUAUACCUGUCUCUAAGUAAAGGAAAAAAAAAAUAAGGACUUCAAUCCAAAGUUUGGACAGUAGAUGGACUUCUCAGAACUUUGCAAACAUAAUCAUUGUUCUAACCCUCUUUAAAAAGCAAAAAGCAGUCUUCAAAGAUCUGUUGAUGAAAUGGCCGUGUUGAAAUUCUGUUAUCAGGAGUUCCUUAUUUAUCCUUAGCAGAGAGUAUGAAACAAUUUUCAAAUGUGAACAAUCUUAAAUUUAGCUUGUCUUUCUGCUAAGCUGUUAAAUGUAUUUAUAGUAACGGAAGAAAAAAAAAAAAAGACUGUCAUUUCCUUAUAAGUUUGUAUAACAUCCUCCUCUGGAUAACUUGACUGUAACUUAACAUCUUUUCCUUUUGCACAUCUUCAUGAGUUGAAUGUCCAUGUGGAAUGGGGCCAGGAAUUGUACAGGCCCCUGAUAAAAGUUUUGCUGACUGGAGUGAACAUCUUUCCAGUAACCAGGUAGCCCUGGUACUCCUUUAGUUUUAAAAUUAGGAGUAAAAGAGAAGCGGUGAUAAACAUAGUAGGGAAGGGAAUUUUGGAUUCCUCCAUCAGUUUAUGGCGAAUCCAAAUCAAUGUCUUGAAUCCUUUGAAAACAGGCACUGGGACAUCAGAGGCUUCAGUAGCUGACCAGUAUUAGUUGCAUACAUCAUUGAACACACAUACCAGAGAUGUUGGAGAAAUGUCAGAAAACAUCCUUUUGGACCAUUUUGUAAUAAGAAAGACAAACACUAAACAGUACAACCAUGAAAUUGAUCGCCAGGAUUGCGAAUCUAAUUGGGAAGAGAGUUGAGCAAACAGCUUGGACUGUUUGGAGUUGUUGCCUUACUUUUUAAUAUGUAUUUAUAAAGUAUUCCAGCAAAAGAGGAUGUAACCUCUGGGAAAAAACAAACAUAUUACAGUGUUUUUUGUAGAUUCUCGUUCUGUAUCUCAUCACAGCGCCAGCCCUGUUUUUAGCCAGAAAGGAUUCAGGAUAAACAUUACUAUGCAUUCUGAAUUGGAUGCAUAUUCCUAACUACUGUAUUUGUUACCAAAAGUGGUUCUACAAAUGCUACUGAAAAGAAUCUGGAAAUCCCUAAUGUCCUGAGUAUUAAUAAUAAAGUUUAAAAAUGCUUUUAUAUCAAAGGUGCAUUGUGACCAAAUUGUUUAAGAAAAAAAUGAAAAACAAAACAAAAUUUAGGGCUGUAUUAUAGGUAUAUCUUAUUGGCUCUCUGCUUUGUAUUUAAAAGAGGAAUCUUACAUCUUCGGGAGAUAAAAUGCCGAUGAAAUUUGUGUCCAGUAUGUACUUACUUGAUGCGGUUGCAUUAUUAUGUACUGCAAGAUACGUGUUUUGGAACUUAUUUUCAGGAUGCUUUUGCUUGUUAUGGAUGUGGCAGCAGUGAGUUGAUAAUCCUAAACCAUCCCCUCCAGCAAUAUUCAUGGCACAGAGCUGAUUCUGUGUUCAUGUACUGAAUUGUGAUGGUAGCAAACAUGAACAUAUGAACUGUCGUUGCUUUUAAUAGAAAUAUAGUAUCAAUAUGGACUUGUAUAUUCUCUUCCUUCCACUUAAAUAUAAAGUAGAAUAUGCAGUUUUAUUGUUUCCAAGAAAAAGGAAAAAAAAAAGCCGCUGACCUUUCUCCCCUACUAAGUGUUUCAGGAUUAUCAGGUCACAGUUGGAUAUUGUCAUCUCAGUAACUUUGUAAAACAGAAACAAAACUUGGCUAUGUUAAUUCUGAAAAAGAAACAGCAGUAAAAGAGUCAUAUGCAACACCCAACACAACAUGGUUUAAUGGAAUGAAGAGAUUUUUUUUUUUCAAGAACAUUAAUGGGGAUUCAAUGUAAAGCCAGCGGAGGCUGCCAAAAUGAAACCACUUACUUUAAAAGUGCUGGAGCAAAGGUGCAAGUUCAAACACUAAAGACAAAAAAUAAAUUUGUAACAAAUCAUCUCCUUUAGCCCUUUUGCUUUGAGCCUGUUAGCUUUGACUCUGCACUGCAUUUGUUUUGGACAGUAUAAACUUACGUUUGCCAUCAAUUCAUCUUUUUAGAUAGAAGACAUUAAAAUCGCAGGUUUAUGAACGAUCUCUGCCCAUUAAAAUGAAAUGCAGUCAUUUGAAAUGAGAAAGACGAGGACCCCGUUUUGCGCCUUUCCCUGCGCUCCGAGUUACGGUGAGGACUGCACAGAUACCCUUGAUGUUAAUUCUGUAUGUUGAUCAUUCCAAACUGAGAAGAACAAAGCCAAACUUUAGACAUAUUUACAGAAGCAAUUGCAAAUAUAUGUCUAAAAUGUAUAGGGCAACUUCUGAGAAGAAACACUGUCUUUCCUUUUUUAACCGAAAGUGACAAUGUGACAUCUGUCAUGUUGUGUCCGGUGACGCAGAGUAACUGAGGUAAUCUGACUGUUGCACUAUGUGACAUAGUUAAGGCUGUACUUGCUGCGUUUACAGCAGCCCUCUCUCUCUCUCUCUCUCUGUCCUCUCCCCCAUUUCUGCUGUUGCUGCAACUUGAGUUCAUUGUGACAAAUGCAUCUUCGUGUUAUAUUUUGUUCGCUUCCUAAUUUCCAGAACUAUAUAUAAAUAUAUUUUUUAAAUAGCAAAUAUUGUAGUUAGUGAGUGAUGAUCACUCCAACCUCAUCCCUACCAUAUUGGUUUCAGGGGUAGGAUAAAGAGUGUCUUUGGAAGAACCAAACCAAACUAAACCAAACCCUGUGGUUUAGAAUGAUGCUGGGGCCUGGGUUGUGGGCCCAGAACAACCAUGUGAGUGAAUUGACCCAUCUCAUACUUUGAAUCAAGCAUGCAUUCCUUUUCUCAUUGUGCAAGUGUCCCCAGUUGUUUCCCAUCAGUGUCUCGUUUUUGUUCUUUAAAUUUUAUUAUAUUUUGCUCUCCCUGACAUCUGUUUUUUAUAAAAUAAAAUGAAAAAUAAAAAAAGUAAGAAAUAAAUAAUACCCUCGAUGCCGCUGGAUACUCACAAGCAGGGUUAUUGCUCCUUCAUCUUGGGCUUGCUUGCCUAAAUGGAAGGGUUUAAUUUAUUUUGUACCUCCUUCUAUGCGUGGGGCAGUCCAGGGUGCAGAGCCAGGAAUUGCUUGUAAUUGCACCUGCUAUACUUAAAUGUAUAGCCCUAGGCUCAAUCACACUAUGGAAAGAAAAAAAAAAGUAUAUUUAGAGCUUUAAAAGCUUUUUUAUUUUUUUGUGGGGAUCGGGGUGGGGUGGGAAAGGGAAGAUGUAUGGAUGUUACUGGCAUUUUUAAGUGUUAAGAGUUUUUUGUGUUGUUGUUUUUUUUCCUCUCGUUUUGUUCUUCCCCUUUAAUUAGGUGCACUGAGCUGGCCCAGGAAAUGAAGAGAUUCUCUUCUUUUGAUGCUAUAACCAACCUUAUCACAAAGUGUUGUCACCUGUAGCAAAAGGUGGCACCAGACAUGAUCAGUGGUGUUUUAUUUGCACAUCGAUAUUUUUAUUUUUAUAUUCUGGCUCGGCUGCUUCUCUGAGUGAAGUUAAGGAAUGACCCACAAAGGAUUUUUGUAGUAGGCAUAUUGGCGAUGCGUUUUAUAUUUCUCGGUAUUUAAUUUUGAAAAUCUAAAAGGAUUGUGCAUCUUGAGAGAAAGUUGAGCAAAUUUUGAUCUAGUGGAAUGUUAAUUUGUGCUGCUUCUUGUGCACGACAGCAGCGGUAGUAGCUCUUGGAAAUAAACAUCCCAUUUGAUGAUGUCUAUGAAUAUAGGUUUCCUUUUCUUCCCUGCCUCCUUCCCACCCUCCUUUUUUCCCCUCCCUUCUUCUCCCCUCCCUCCCACCCUACCCCCUCCUUCCUUCCCUUCCCUGACUUGGCUUUUUUUUUUGGAAUCACUUACUGUAAAUAAGUUGUAAUCCAGACCUCAUGUAUCAGUGGGGAACUUUCAAAUAUAAAUAUUACCAAUACA